GGCGGGCUCACGGCCAGACGCACUCCCAGGCCUGGGUUCAACACAUCUCAUGUCUACUGCCAUGGAUCUAUCCCGGCUCACCCGCCCUGCGAUCCUCUGCCAGUGUUCACGAUGCUCGAGCUCGCUGGCGGCGCUGGAGAAUGAGUGGGCCAAACUCUCGAAUUCUUACUCCAUAGCAGCUGGGUGGCUAAGCGUCGAGCUGCAUCGCAUUUCCAUCUCCUCGGACAAGAAACAAAUACCGCAGUCAUCGGAGCUGAGUGUUCUACGAGGCUGUAUCCUCCAAGAGAUCUCCUGUAAACUCUGUCAACAGAAAUUGGGAGUCCUCUGCUCGCUGGACAAUGGCCCCAAUAUCUUCUGGAAGCUAUCGAAGGUCUCCUUUCGGGAGAUUGUUACCAUGCGCACCGUCGAGCCCACGUUCAAAGAUGGAACUCUCGAACGCCUCCUAUGUCCGACCCCCUCCAGACAAGAGAGAACCCCAGUCCAGCCGGGAGCUCUGGUACCCACCGGCUCGACGGAGAUGGAUCCCUACAGCAUAUCCGUGGAACAACAGAUCCAACACCAGGGGCUGAGCCUCGAUCACAUCUCAUGUUCCGUCAGCAACCUCCACGAUACCAUGUCCGAGUUAAAACAUGCAUUCACCGCUCUCCGUAUCGAAUUGAACGGCCCGGGUCGGUUCGCGUCUGAGAUGGGCACUCCCGCUAGCAAGGACAUGAUGAUUGCUACAGUGUUGAAGGAACUCAGAUCUAAAUCCGACGAAAUCGAAAGACUGAAGCUGGAAAACGAGACGCUCAAGCUAAAGAACCGCUACGCAGAGGAACAAGCAGUCAAGCAACAGCCGCAGCAACCACCACCCCUGUUGGCUGACACAGGGAUGCUUCCGGAAAUCCGCAGUCCAGGUCUACUGCAGGGGAGCAGGAAGCGGCCAUGGCCAGACUCGUUCCCGAGUGGUCGCACCCAACCUAUACUGGACUCGUUUGACGACGACUUGGACAGCAUUGCGGACUUUUCCUUGGAAGACGCCAGCAUACCUCCAGUAAAAAUACCUCUCAAGGAUGCUCAGUCCGUAUCUACAACAGACAAAACACAGGAGCCCACACCGUCUGGGUCGCCCGGACUUCGCAUUGAAGUCAACCAAUCACGACACCAGACCCCCAAUACUGGAAACGAAAUGGAUGAGAAUCACGACAGCACCACAAGCACACAUCGGGAAGCCAUCGUGAAACGUCCCCGCCUGUCCCAAACAGCCGACAAACCCACGACUACUGGAAGAAAAGUUGGACGACCGCCACGCAAAUCAUUCAGCCAGGCCUCAAAACCAGACAUCAAUAGCAUCCCAAGCCCCAAACCGACACCACUGGCCGAGCAAAACGGCAACGCCUACAAGGAUUCCCAACCUGCUGAACCCAGCCCCGGUGACACCCGCACAUCGAAGGAAACCCGGCCUACGCGCUCCCGGAGCCUGCGCAGCCGAUCUCGACCUCCAUCACGGCGUCAAUCCGCAGCUAUGACAGAAAUCUACCCACCCGAGCCGGACCAGACCCAAAAUGGCCUCCCUAACGGGGAUGCCCUAGACCAGACUGAAGAGCAGCAACACCAACAACAACCAGCACCCCCACCACACGCGGGCAAAGAAAAUUCACACAUUCCCCCAAACGGCAUCCAGAAGCCCGAAACACGAGAAAAGCGCAAAGCACAAUCCGCAGCGCGAGACAUAAUGGUACGAUUAGCAAUGCAACGCGAGGAAGCAAUGGAAACCGAGGAUUCGCGAUGAAGGCGGAAAUUAAUAUCUGGAAGCAAUCAAGCCAGCUAGCAAGCUAGACUGCCCCCUUCACACUUUCUCUACCACUGUAUUAUCUAUAUUGAUUGACGUGACGUGACGUAACCGUCCUUCCCUCUUCUAUGAUGUGUUUGUACAAAAGUGGCCCUUUCUCCUUCACACACCCACACGAGUAGUAUGACUCUACCACUAUUCCUUUCCUUUCUUUUCCUUUUUUCCUUUCACUGGGCUCAAAAAGUGCUAGUCUAGUUUUGUUUUGCCAGAAGAUAUCCCCAAGUUGGUCUGGUCCUAUCCAUCCCAACCCAAUCAAUCCAAUCCAAUCCAACACAAGU